AUGCUCCAACUCUUCCACGACAAGAACGCCGAGGCUGUCAUCCUGGGAACCCGCGUCUCCAACGACGCUGCCACCAACUUUGGCUGCAUCGUCAGCGACGCCCACACCCGCCGCGUCCUCCACUACGUCGAGAAGCCCGAGUCGCAAAUCAGCAACCUUAUCAACUGCGGUGUCUACCUCUUCUCCACCGACGCCAUCUUCCCCUCAAUCAAGACAGCAAUCAAGCGCCGCACCGAUCGUCCUUCGCGCCUCGUUUCCUACCCGAGCUCCGAGAACCUCGAGAACAGCUUCAUUAUCACUGACGACGAGGAGGAGCGCAAAAACCAGGUCAUUCGCCUCGAGCAGGACAUCCUCGGUGACUUCGCUGAUACCAAGUCCUUCUUUGUCUACGAGACCAAGGACUUCUGGCGCCAGAUCAAGACAGCCGGCUCCGCUGUCCCCGCCAACGCCCUCUACCUACAGAAGGCCUGGCAGAGCGGCUCCAAGGAGCUCGCCGAGCCCAGCGCCAACAUCAUCCCUCCUGUCUUUAUCCAUCCCACCGCCCACGUCGACCCCACCGCGAAGCUGGGCCCCAACGUCUCCAUCGGUCCCCGUGUCCACGUCGGCCCCGGUGCCCGCAUCAAGGAGGCCGUCGUCCUCGAGGACUCGGAGAUCAAGCACGACUCGUGCGUCCUCUACUCCAUCAUUGGGUGGGGCAGCCGCGUCGGGGCCUGGGCUCGUGUCGAGGGCACGCCCACCCCCGUCGGCAGCCACACGACGAGCAUCAUCAAGAACGGUGUCAAGGUCCAGAGCAUCACCAUUCUGGGCAAGGACUGCGGCGUCGGCGAUGAGGUCCGCGUCCAGAACUGCGUCUGCCUGCCGUUCAAGGAGUUGAAGAGAGACGUUGCAAACGAGGUCAUCAUGUAA